AUGAGUGUUGUUGAAGCAUCUUCAAGUUCUAUUGCUAAUGACUCUACUGGUAGUGGUAGUAGUAACGUUGUUCAAAGAGGAAAUAUUUCUUCAUUUGCAUCAACUACUGCUACUACAAAUUUAACAACUAUUGAUACAAACGGUAAUGUUUUUAAAGUUCCAGAUUAUUCCAUUAAAGAUAUUUUACAAGCUAUUCCAAAACAUUGUUAUGAAAGAUCUUUGAUUAGAUCUUUGGGUUAUGUUGUUAGAGAUAUCACCAUGAUGGUUUUAAUUAGUUAUGUUGGACAUUCUUUUAUUCCAUUGGUUGAUAUUGAAAACCAUGAAACUUUAAGUACUGUUGUUAGAGGUUCUUUAUGGAUGGUCCAAUCUUAUUUAAUUGGGUUAUUUGGUUUUGGUUUAUGGAUUUUAGCUCAUGAAUGUGGUCAUGGUGCAUUUUCAGAUUAUCAAAAUUUAAAUGAUCUAAUUGGUUGGGUUAUACAUUCUUAUUUGAUGGUUCCUUACUUUUCAUGGAAAUUUUCUCAUGCUAAACAUCAUAAAGCAACUGGUCAUUUAACUAAAGAUAUGGUUUUCAUUCCAUAUACUAAAGAAGAAUAUUUAGAAAAGAAUAAAGUUGAAAAAGUUUCUGAAUUGGUUGAAGAAUCUCCAAUUUAUUCCCUUUUAGUUUUAAUUUUUCAACAAUUGGGUGGUUUACAAUUAUAUUUAGCUAAUAAUGCAACUGGUCAAGUUUAUCCUGGUGUUUCAUGGUAUGCAAGAUCUCAUUAUUCUCCAAUUUCUCCAGUUUUUGAUAAAAAUCAAUAUUGGUUCAUUGUUUUAUCUGAUAUUGGUAUUAUUUCAACUUUAACUGUGGUUUAUCAAUGGUAUAAAAACUUUGGUUUAUUUAAUAUGAUGAUCAAUUGGUUUGUUCCAUGGUUAUGGGUUAAUCAUUGGUUAGUUUUUGUUACAUUUUUACAACAUACUGAUCCAACAAUGCCUCAUUAUGCUGCUAACGAAUGGACUUUUGCUCGUGGUGCUGCUGCUACAAUUGAUAGAAAUUUUGGAUUUGUUGGUCAACACAUCUUCCAUGAUAUUAUUGAAACUCAUGUUUUACAUCAUUAUGUUUCAAGAAUUCCAUUUUAUAAUGCCAGAGAAGCUACUGAAGCUAUUAAAAAAGUUAUGGGUGAACAUUAUAGAUAUGAAGGAGAAAAUAUGUGGUUUUCUUUAUGGAAAUGUGUUAGAAUGUGUCAAUUUGUUGAUGAUGAUAAAGAAGAUGCCAAAGGUGUUUUAAUGUUUAGAAAUGUUAAUGGUUUAGGUGUCAAACCAAAGGAUUAG